AUGUCAAUGUCGGGGGAGCAGCGCAGUCGACAGGCCUGUGAGCCCUGCAGACGCAAAAAGUCCAAAUGCACGGCCGAGAGACCAGUGUGCUCGUUCUGUGAGCGGUUAAAUGUGCAAUGUGUCUAUCUUCCAAGAGAACAGGCCAAAUCGGACGGACAGGCGAGCAGGGUGACAAAGUCAAAGUCUUCGAAAGACCGAUUUCGAACCCUUGAGUCCCAAGUCAAUGAUAUUUACCAUAUUUUGAAUUCUCUCUCAAAUCGCAACGAUGCUGCGACACCUGAAGCUUCGACAGCCCGGAGCGGAGAGCCACGGGAAGACCCCUCCACUGAGGUCCCAAACAUGCUCCCACGUGUAGGAAGCUCUAAUAAUAGGCCAUGCUUUGCACAAUCAUAUCUCGAACCCCCGGUGGAAGUUUUGGGCCAUUUCAUGGAAGUAUACCGCACAAGGAUACAUUUCCAACCAUUGCCAUUAUUCAACCUUGAAGGCCUACGAGAUCGCUUGGCAAACUCUCCCCGAUUUCUUCUUCAUAGCUUCCUAGCUCUUUCUUUGAAUUUUGGCAGCCAUGAAUUUUACAGAGGCAGGGAACAGCAGGCUGUCCAGCUCUAUACUCGCUCCGCGGAAGAUGCAGCUAUGAAAUUGGCUGUGGAAGGCAUCCCAAAGAUAGAGGUUAUAGAGUCACUAUGCCUACUGGCUGUGAAGGACUUAAUUGGUCAAAAGCCUGCACGUGCUUGGAUGACAAUUGGAACUGCCUCUCGGCUAGAUACUUUGCGCAGAUUAACACGCCAUUAUACUUCUGAUCCGCAGACUGAGGAUAGGAGCGCUCGAUGUCAUUGGUCCGUGUUCAUACUCGAAAAGGCCUUUUCACCCCAGGUGUUGGAUCUUUCGUCAUCUCAAGACACACCUGAUUAUCCUCUGAGUGCUCCCUUACCAUCCUCAUUGCCAACCUACAGGGAUGAAAACUGUCCUCCUGACCUACAUGUCUCAGAAGAAGUCAACAAGGACCUCGGCAUCAAUGCGUACCACAUAGAGAUGGUUUCCGUAUGGGGCGACCUGACGCGAUAUUUGCAUGGAAUACGAUCUGGUAACGUUGAAACGCCUUGGUUACCCGAGUCAACACACGCAAAGCUCAGUGUGAGGUUGUACAAGUGCGAGGCCGAAUUGCCGCAAAGACACCUUCUUAGGAAUGUCUGCUUCUCCAAGCGAUCAAUAGCUGAAAUUAUGCAGCAACAAGAAUACUGGAGUCCUUGGCUGGCUAUGCAAAUGCUCUCUCAUGCAUCACCGGCUAUCUUAAACCAUCCCUUUCUUCACUUGGUUGCUAUGCGUGGUGGUCGGGGUGUACCUCAAUCACGUCUGUUUCUCCAACAGACCGUGGAUCUAGCAUUGUUUCAUUCUGGCUGGGUGUUUCAGUUUAUACAGUUUUGUGAGAACCUUCAAUAUGAGAUCAACGAUCCAUUGAUUGGGCACGCAGUCGCAGCCACAGCUACUAUACCAUGGCUUUUCCAGUUUGCAAGAGAUCCCAAGGUUUCAAAGAAAGCGUAUGAUGACCUUGGCAAGUGUGAGAGAUUCUUGAGUCGUAUUUCAUCCACCUGGCCCCAUAUUUCUCGAAAGGUAUGUUUUCCUGCUGAGCCAUGGCUAAGGACAUCGCAUAGCUCGAAAUCCUCCAACACCUGCAAUAUUACAAUGAUAUCCUUUCAACCUCAGAUGUUCUGGGAGCUCCUCGAUCCCAAAGUCUGUCAGGUACCACAAGGCGACCCUACCUCGCAAGACGCCAGGAUGCGGGUUACCACUCAUUUCGUCCACCCACUUUUAGAUGAACAGCCACCUCCUCCCAACCCCGCCGGCAAUGCUAUGUAUUCAUUUCCACCAAGUCCAGAGGAUCUUGAACAAGUUUGCCUGGAUGAGAUAUUCGCCCAUUUCCCACGCGAUGAAUUUUACUGGUUGCAGAGUUAA